GCUAGAUCCGGCUUGGGCCCAUAUGCUCACGACCUCCUUACGCCGUAUAUAACGGUGUGCACGUUCUCAGGCGUCUCUGUUCCGUCCACAUUGCUCCUCAACGCAGAUAAAGAUGACAACACCACAGCUCGCGACGUUCAAGGUCCCAGAUAUUGCCAAUGAGCCCAUGAGGGCGUAUGGCCCUGGGUCACCCGAGCGCAAGGGUCUCCAGGAGGCGAUUGCACAGAUGGAAAAGGAGCUGCCUUUCGAGGUGCCUUGUAUUGUGAAUGGCAAACCCGUCAAGACAGGCAAGCUCGCAAAGCAGCCCAUCCCCUCUGACCACGCCAAGCACCUCUGCACGUACCAUGAAGCCGAUCAAGCUACCGUCGCUGCCGCGAUCGAUGGUGCGCUUGCUGCCAAGGCCGAGUGGGAGGCCAUGCCCUGGAGCGACAGGGCCGCCAUCUUCCUAAAGGCUGCCGAUCUCGUUAGUGGCAAGUAUCGCUACAAGCUCAUGGCGGCGACCAUCUUCGGCCAGGGCAAGAACGCGUGGCAGGCGGAGAUCGACGCUGCUGCUGAGCUCACCGACUUCCUGCGCUUCGGCGUGAGGUACGUCGAGGAGCUGUAUUCGAUCCAGCCACCCAAGAAUACAGCUGGCAGCUGGAACCGCCUCGAGUACCGUGCGCUCGAAGGCUUCGUUUUCGCCGUCUCGCCAUUCAAUUUCACCGCCAUCGGCGGUAACCUUGUCGCGACGCCAGCUCUCGUUGGCAACACAGUCGUCUGGAAACCGUCACCCGCCGCGACAUACUCGAACUACAUCGUCUACAAGAUUUUCGAAGAGGCGGGCGUACCCCCAGGCGUGAUCCAGUUCGUGCCGGGCUCACCAGUCGAGGUGUGCGCCCAAGUGCUCGCGCACCCAAACUUUGCGGCUCUGCACUUCACGGGGAGCACGUUUGUGUUCAAAAAGCUCUGGAAGGACGUCGCGGCGAACAUCGACACGUACCGGAGCUACCCACGACUCGUUGGUGAGACGGGUGGAAAGAACUUCCACCUCGUCCACAGGAGUGCAGAGGUCAAGAAUGCGGUCAUGCAGAGCGUGCGAGGCGCAUUUGAGUACCAGGGCCAGAAGUGUUCUGCGCUCUCACGGCUGUACAUCUCCGAAUCGCUGUGGAACAAUGGUUUCAAGGAGCAACUCCUGAACGAGGUCGCGAAGCUCAAGGUUGGGCCUACUCAGGAAUGGACGAGCUUCAUUGGCCCUGUCAUCGGUCGACCUGCCUAUGACAAGAUUACCAGCUACAUUCAGAAGGCGAAGGAGGCCGGCGGCGAGGUUCUCAUCGGCGGCAGUGGCGACGACUCGAAGGGCUACUUCGUCCAGCCAACCGUUAUCUUGACCAAGGAUCCGAAGUCUGUCACCAUAGUAGAGGAGAUCUUCGGGCCCGUCCUGACCGUUUUUGUUUACGACGAUGACGACUGGGAGAAGACUCUCGAGCUUAUCGAUACCACAUCGCCGUACAGCCUUACCGGCUCCAUCUUCGCGACUGAGCGCAAGGCACUGCUGCAGGCAACCAACAAGCUGCGAAACGCUGCAGGCAACGUCUACUACAACGAAAAGUGCACGGGCGCGGUCGUUGGCCAGCAGCCGUUCGGCGGUGCACGGGCGAGCGGCACAAACGACAAGGCAGGCAGCAUGGCCAUCUUCUACCGCUUUGUGUCUGCACGGAGUAUCAAAGAGAACUUCAUCGGGCUCGAAGACUACCUCUACCCGUCGAAUCUCCAGUGAGCAUGUGUGGGGGAAAGGAAAGGAAAAGCGGACAGUGUAGGAUAGUGUUGCAAAAGAAGGAAUGUAUCACGUAUCAUGUGUCGAUAUCCCUGUGCUAGCCUGUGCUCCGCUUGCAUGAACAAUGCACUGCCGUUCUUG